AUGUACUUUGAUGACAUUUCCGCCUGGUUAAGACCUUUGGAAGACUUCAAAGUAGGCAACCCUUCGAAGAACAUAUACCAGCCAAGCAUAUAUACCCAACUCUUAACCUUCUCUAGAUCAUCAUUUUUUGCAUUAGAUGAACUUCAUUUAAUUGCAAGAGGGAUUGGAAAGCUCGUAUAUGUCCUGAUUACUGUCACCCUCACAAAGGAAACCAAAUUUUAUUAUACCCAUCCAGACAAUACCCUCAAUACCACCAAAUACCCUUUUCAUAUAUCAAGAGCAGACCUUGUAACAAUUGUAAACUGCAUCACCAGCUUACAAAAAUAUAUACCCACCUCAUUUCAAAGCAGUUUUGACAACGUAUUUGCCAAGAUCAAUGGUACUCACGCAGUUGACUGGCUUGACUUUCUCUUAUACCUUGUCUCCACUUUGGUCGUACCUUAUUUACCAAAUAGGGCUGUCAAAACAGCCCUAUUAUCUCUUGUGAAAGUUUGUACGCUUGCCUUGCAAUGGACGCUGACAUCAGAAUUGCUUAACAAGAUGGAGUUAUAUUUCAAGCACUGGCACUCGUUUUUAUAUGAAAAAGUCCAGAACAAUACCCUGUCUCGUAGUGUUUUCCGACUAGUGCAACAUUACCUGGUCCAUAUACCCUAUAUCAUCAAGCAGCAAGGCCCCCUGCGAUGCUACUCCACUCAAUCAAUGGAGAGAGUAAUUGGCAUCUUCUCAAAAUUGAUAAAGUCCAAAUCAAAGGGUGGCCAAAACGCCAGUUUUCUCAUCAAGCGAUUUGCGAUUCACAAUUAUACCAGCACGGCAAUCAGCAUCUGUGAUGAAAUCAACCUCAUUCGGCCAAAGCCAUAUGGAAGAGAGAGCUACAUGGACCUUCCUAAUGAUCCUAGUGGUGCGCAGUUGUGGGAGCCGUUUCAUCAGUUUGUUAAUUUGAACGAUGAUUUGGUGGAAGGUGUAGGCGGUCCUAGUGUGAAGGAAGCUUUAUUGAAAUACUACCAGAGAACAACAGUCUUGACUGGCCACGAGUUUGGUGACUCUGUUGUUGUUGUAGCUGCACAUCUCAACCGUAAUGUAAUUGUUCACAGCUGGCUUGUUGGUACAGUACAGUUCUACUUUCAGCAUGUAGAUUUCCAUGGCUUCCCACACUUUCUUGCUUUCGUGGAGGUCAUAAAGGAACAUGACACAGCUGACCAUGACUCAUCAGUACCUAUCGUCAAACAACGGUCACAAAGCACCCGUACACUAGGCCACCAAACGCAAUCAACUUAUGCAGUUAUAAGUGUAAAUGACAUUUGUCAUCAAGUUGGUCUGGUCCAAUACCCACCAAAUGGAAACCAGUUUUAUGUAAUUGCGCCCUAUUAUAUCUUUAAAAACAACAUGCGUAUUACUAAAGGCAAUCUUUCCAUUCUGUAA